AUGUUCUUCUGCACGCUCCUCUCCCGGACUGGGUUUCCGGUAGCAGCGGCAACAGCAGCAGCAAGAAGUGCAGCACGGCAGCCGAUCAAAAUGCCGCUCCGGGCCAAGAUGCAGGUGCCGGCACAAGCGAUGUCGAUGUCGACGGGGCCAUCGGGCGACCGGUGGAAGGCGCAGCCAGGCGACGAGGCGGAGGACGUUCUAUUCAACAGCCUGUACGGUCUGCGGACGAUUGAGCUGAACCGGCCGCGCAAGUUCAACUCGCUAAACGGGUCGAUGAUCCGCAAGAUCGUGCCGCGGCUGCUCGAGUGGGAGCGGUCCGACAUGGCGAACGUGGUAGUUCUCAAAGGAGCAGGCGACAAGGCGCUGUGUGCGGGCGGCGACGUGGCCGCGCUCGCGGCGGCAAACCGGGGAGGGCCUGCGGGCCAGCAGUGGUCGGCGGACUACUUUGCGCAGGAUUACCAGCUGGACCACCUGAUCGCGACGUACGCGAAGCCGUAUGUGGCCCUGAUGGACGGCAUCACGAUGGGCGGUGGCGUGGGACUGAGCGUGCAUGCGCCGCUGCGAGUGGCGACGGAGCGGACAGUCUUUGCGAUGCCGGAGACGAACAUUGGCUUCUUCCCGGACGUUGGCGCCUCUUUUUUCCUGCCACGCAUGCCAGGAGCCGUGGGCACAUACCUGGCCCUGACGAGUGAGCGGCUCGUCGGCGCCGACGUGCUCUAUGCCGGUCUCGCGACACACUACCUGCACUCGACCAGCCUGCCGGCGCUGGAGGCCCGUCUGGCCGAGCUGCGCUUCCGCGACUACGACGACAAUGACGCCCGGCUGGACGCCAUCAGCGCCGCCAUCGAGGAGCUCGCCACCGGUCUGCCCCACGACCGCCCGCCACUGCUGGCCGGCGAGCUGCGCCGUGCCAUCGACCGCUGCUUCGGCCUCGACAGCGUCAACGCCAUCGUCGCCGCUCUGCAGGCCGAGACCGUCCGGACUGACAGCGCCGGCAGCAGUGACGCCGUCCGCGCCUGGGCCACCCGCUCGCUCGAGACGCUCGCCCAUCGCUCGCCCACUGCCGUCCACGUCACACUCCGCCAGAUGCGCGUCGGUGGCGCCUGGUCCAUCGCCGAGACGUUCCGCCGCGAACACCAGAUCGCCUCCCGGUUCAUGCGCCAUCCCGACUUCGUCGAGGGCGUCGAGGCCCUGCUCGUUCGCAAAGACGGAUCCCGCCCCCAAUGGCAGCCCAACACCCUCGCCGUCGUCUCCGACGCCGACAACAUCACCGAACCCUUCUUCGCUCCUCCGUCCGCAGCCGACAACUACACUCCUCUGCCGCUCCUCAACGACCGCGACUUCCGCGACUACCCCCAUCGCCGCCUCGGGCUCCCAUCCGAAGCCGACGUCGAGACCCUCGCUCGCGACGGCUCUCUCUCCCCUCGCGAAAUCGUCAACUACCUCGUCGGCCGGUCGCGCGCCAAACAGGGCGUCAAGGAGGUCGUCGAGGAGAUCGUCGCCCGCAAGACCACCAAGAACGCCAACGGCAAGGCCGCGUGGAUCUACGAGGACGAGCAGUAG